UGGCCCGGCUCCAUCAAACGUCGGAUGGGGUGAGCGAUGCAUGGCGCUGGCGCUGGCCGCAUGCGCGGCGAGCUGGAGCGCCGAGGUUCCGCCGCCGGCCGAGGCCGAGGUGCCGCCCCGCUGCAGCCCUGAACAUAUCAGGCGCUGGGGGGCACUUUCCUGCGGCGCGCUGCUGGGGGGCGCCUUUUUCGCCCGGCGGCCACACGGGCUCAGGCCGGGGCUUUCUCGGACGGCGGAGCCGCGGGGCAAGGUGGUGGUGCCAGUCCGGCGCCAGAACGUGCGGCCUAAGAGGACCGUGGAAGAGGUUUUGGAGGAGGACGAGGAGGACGAGGACGAGGAGGAGGAAUUUGGGCAGCUGAAACAAUGGGCCAGCGAGGUGGACAGCCCCAAACGCCAGCGCUGUGACGCGAUGUGCCUCGCCGAUGAGCUGGACCUCGAGCGGAUUUGCAGCGCCUGGGCCGGUGCGGCGGAACAAGGCAGUGUGCCUGCUGCCCGUGCACGGCGCCUCUCGGCGGAUGUCUGUGUGCUGGAACUCGAGGACGGGCGGCUUUGCUUCGCCUUCGCCUUCGGCUCCAUCGUCUCCUGGGGCCUCACCUGGAUGGAGCUGCGCCGCCUGCGGCGGCUCAUCCGGAAGUCCGCAGGAGAGACGUUCUUCCCGGAGGACGUGGAGACGGACACCAUGACCUUCGCCAUGGAGGCCGCCAACAACGAGGUCACAGAGCUGGAGUUGCAAGCCCCUGCCGCACCAAAGUUGAGCGGCGACCACAUCGUUUUAGCCACUUGCCUGGGAGAUGAAGCCCUGGCAUACAGCUACGCAUUUGCGCAGAGCGUGAAGUUGGCGACCUUCGAGAAGAUUGUGGAUGCGGCCAUUGAGAAGGCCAAGCCGAUCCCCGAGUCGCUGGCGCAGUAUGGCACCUUCGACAUGGACGAGAAGCUGGUGAAGAUGCAAAUGGGCGGCAUCUUUGUGACGAAGUGCUCCUUGACGCUGCAGACCGACAUGCUGGGCACCCCCGAGAUCCUUUGGGAGCACGACCAAUUCGACGCGCAGUACGAGGCGUGCCGGAAGUACCUCGAGGUUGGCAAGAGGGUGGACAUCUUGGAUCAGCGGCUGGGGGUGCUGAACGACCUCUACAGCUUUCUGCAGACCCAGCUGGAGGUGAAGCACUCCAACAAGCUGGAGUGGAUCGUCAUCUACCUGAUCGUCAUCGAGAUUCUGCUGGACUUGUUCCACAUGUCACCUUUCUACACCAAGCGCACCUUUGCAAUCUUAACACUUCUGCUGGCAGCUGGUGCUGGGGCGGCAUUCGCCAAGGAGGUGAAGGUGAGCCGCUGGUCGCAGCGGCUGAAGCGCGUGAGCUCCCCCUGGUGGAGGCUGGGGCUGGUGGCUGUGCUGGCGGUGACGGCGGUGGUGCUGCGCCGCCCGCGGCCGCAGCCGCCGCUGCUCUUCGUAGGUCCGAUGGCGAGAGCGCCGCGGCCCGGAGGACCGGUGCCCGGCCUUCGCGCGGCGUGCCGCAGGCCUGCGGUGCUCAGCUCCAGCUCCGGGCAGAUGUGGCAGCUGCUUCCUCGCGCUGACCGCCGCUGGCUGGCGCUGGGCGUCUUCGGGCUGCUGGGCGCCUCGCUGCUGCAGCUGGCGGUGCCGCCGCUGGCGGCCGCCGCGCUGCUGGCGGCCAGCCGCGGGCAGCAGGCGCUGCCCCAGGUGCAAUCGCUGGGCCUGGUGGCGCUGGGGGUGGCCGCCAUGAACGGCCUCCGCAGCUUCAGCUUCCACCUGACUCGCCUGAGUUUCGUGGAGGCCUUGAGGGAGAAGACCUUCGACUGCUACUUGUCAAAGAGCAUGAGCUUCUACGACAAGGUGGACGCCGCGGAGUUGAGCUCCAGGCUGACCUCGGACUGCCAGCUGGUCUUUGCCAGCCUGGACGACGUGCUGAACUUCCUGCUGCGCUCCGGUGUCGUGACGCUGCUGGGCUACCUGGCGAUGCUGCGCUGCUGCUGGCAGCUGACUUUGAGCGCCACGGUGCUGCUGCUGGCUCUGCUGGCGGCCACCCGCUGCUACGCCGAGGUUCGGCGCUCCACUACUGCAGAAACGCAGGACGCGGUGGCGGAGCUGAGCCGCGUCACGGAGGAAACGCUGCAGGGCCUCGACACGGUGCGGGCGCUCGCCGCGGAGGAGAAGCACAAGGAUCUUUUUAACGAGCAGACGCAGAUCAUUCUUGAUGUGCAGAAGCGAAAUAGCCUCGCUCUGGGCGCUUUCUGCCUGAGCAACGCCUUGCUCAGCGGUGCAUGUCAAGCCCUGAGCCUGGCGCUUGGGGGGCUGCUGGCGCUGGGUGGUCGCAUCUCUGUGGAUGCGCUGACGCGGUUCUUGCUGUACUUGGACAUGGUGCUGCGAGGCUUGAGCGACCUCAGCGAGGAUUGGCCUUCCACCAUGGAGGCGCUGGGCGCUGGCGCGGCGGUGCUGGAGACCUUGGCCCAGGGCGUCGGGAGCAACGCGACGGCCGGCGCUUCCGGCGCUUCCGGCGCCUCCGGCGCUUCGCGGGCGGAAGGCCUGCGCCUGCCGCAAAUCUCCGGAGACCUUUGCUUCGAGCACGUGACGUUUGCCUACCCAAUGCGGCCCUCGCGCCAGGUUCUCAAGGACGUCACUAUUCACUGCCGCGCAGGUGAAAUGACGGCGCUGGUGGGAACAAGUGGGUCUGGCAAGAGCUCGCUGAUCAACCUCAUCCAGGGCUUCUACCAGCUCCAAAACGGGCAGGUGCUGGUGGACGGGCAGCGCCUUCAGGACUUGGAUCUCGCCUGGUUCCGGAGCCAGCUGGGCAUCGUGGGCCAGGAGCCCCACUUCUUUCGGGGCACCGUGGCGGAGAACAUCGCCUGGGGCCUCAGCUCCUUCGACUUCGCCGAGGUGCAGGAGGCUGCAAAGACGGCCCAAGCGCAUGACUUCAUCAUGAAGUUGCCCAAGGGCUACGACUCGGAGAUCGCAGAUGGGCGCCUGUUGUCGGGAGGGCAGCGCCAGCGGAUCGCCAUCGCCCGCGCCCUGCUGCGGGAUCCCCCGGUGCUGAUCCUGGACGAGCCCACAUCCGCGCUUGACCCUUCCACUGGCAGGUUGGUCGCCUCUGCCCUGCGCCGCGCGCAGUGGUCCCCGCGCCUGCAGCGCCGGAGGACGGUGCUGGUCAUUGCUCACCGGCUGUCCACUGUCAAGGAUGCUGAGCAGAUUGUCGUGCUGGAGAAGGGCGUGGUUGCAGAGCGCGGCAGCCACGAGGAGCUCAUGGACCUCCGCGGCGCCUUCUGGCGCAUGGUCAGCGAGCACUGAAGCUCCGAAGCCUUUGGACGCCCGAAAAGAAGCAGAGCGCCGCCGCCGGGAUGCGGCUGUGAGACUUGUAGGGACUGGCGCAGAAUCCUUCUGCCCCAAGGGAAGCGGCAUAUCGAUGCUUGGAACCCAGACUGCUCAGUUCAAACUUCCUGUGGGAGCCUCG